GAGAGGAGGCCCUGUGUUCCCAAGAAGGGGGGUUACUCUUGGGCAUAUGGGAGCAGAGAGAGGGGAGAGAUGGGCGCCAAGACAUGCGCCCUCCCUCACAAGAGGGGACGCAGCAAAUCCAAAUUGCAGCAAGGGGACAAAACCAGCGACAAGCCAACAAAAUAGGGCCAGGUGCGGGAGCAGGACUGGCCACUGUGGCCAGAGACCCGCGUCCGGGGAGAACCAGAGCGCGCGCACCCGCCCGCCCCGCUCGCAGCAGCAGCAGCUACCAGUGCCAGAGCAGGGACAGCUCUUCGCUGUUCCCCUCACUGCUCCUUCCAGCAGCAGCAGGAGGAGGUUACUUUUCAGUGUCUGGUUACAAGAAGACACGCCUCGUGCUGCCUGGAAGCGUGUUGAAUGAGGUGCUGCUGGACGGGCAAGUACAGCAGGAAAAGCAGCAAAAAGCACGGCGGUAAAGACCUUGCUGGAAGCAUCGGCCAGUGUUACUGAGCAGUUCCUCGUGUUUCAGGGAGCAACAGCCUGACUAGGCUCUUUGCCAGCAAAUUCCUGCUUUAGUAAAAACAUGGCAUUUCGUAAGGUAAGUAAAAGGAACUGUCCUCAUUGGAGGAGGUGCCAUAGCAACAGUUUUUGGCAUCUCUCAGUUUUCGCAGUAUAGAAACAACACGAUAACUUUAUGUAUGUUCAAGCAGCAGAACCUGUGAACAUACCAAUGAAAAAUCACUUUCCAACAAGAGAAGAUCAGUUCCUGGCUCUACAAAACACAAGUGAAUUUGAUGUGCUUGUUAUAGGAGGAGGAGCAACAGGAUGCGGCUGUGCAUUAGACGCUGUUACGAGAGGACUAAAAACAGCUCUUGUAGAAAGAGAUGAUUUCUCAUCAGGGACCAGCAGCAGGAGCACUAAAUUGAUCCAUGGUGGAGUGAGAUAUCUUCAGAAGGCCAUCAUGAGGUUGGAUUUCGAGCAGUACAGGAUGGUAAAAGAAGCACUUCAUGAACGUGCCAACUUGCUCGAAAUUGCUCCUCACUUAUCAGGUCCUUUACCUAUAAUGCUUCCUGUUUACAAAUGGUGGCAGUUGCCUUACUACUGGGUGGGAAUAAAACUAUAUGAUCUUGUAGCUGGAAGUCAGUGUCUGAAAAGCAGCUAUGUGCUCAGCAAGUCAAGAGCCUUGGAACUCUUUCCAAUGCUACAGAAAGACAGGCUUGUAGGAGCUAUUGUCUACUAUGAUGGACAACACAACGAUGCACGAAUGAACCUUGCCAUCGCCCUCACUGCUGCCAGGUAUGGUGCUGCCACAGCCAAUUACACUGAAGUGGUGCACUUGCUGAAGAAGACAGAUCUAAAGAGCGGGAAGGAGCGUGUCUGUGGCGCACGAUGCAGGGAUGUUCUUAGAGGGCAGGAAUUUGAUGUCAAAGCCAAAUGUGUUAUCAAUGCUACAGGACCUUUCACAGACUCUGUGCGGAAAAUGGAUGAUCAGGAAGUAUCAAACAUCUGUCAGCCGAGUGCAGGCGUGCAUAUUGUGAUGCCUGGUUAUUACAGCCCCGAUAACAUGGGGCUACUUGACCCAGCCACUAGUGACGGACGAGUGAUUUUCUUCCUGCCAUGGGAAAAGAUGACUAUUGCCGGAACCACAGACACUCCAACUGAGGUCACACCUCACCCAAUACCUACAGAGGAAGAUAUUAACUUUAUUUUGACUGAAGUGCGCAACUAUUUGAGUUGUGAUGUUGAAGUGAGAAGAGGAGAUGUCUUGGCAGCAUGGAGCGGCAUUCGUCCUCUUGUCACAGAUCCCAGCUCUAAAGACACCCAGUCAAUAUCUCGGAAUCAUAUUGUUGCUGUUAGUGACAGUGGCCUUGUUACUAUAGCAGGUGGGAAAUGGACAACCUAUCGCUCCAUGGCACAAGAUACCAUUGAUGCAGCCAUCCAGGCUCACAACCUAAAGGCAGGUCCAUGUAAGACGGUAGGACUCUUACUGCAGGGGGCUAAGGACUGGAGUCCUACUCUUUACAUUAGGCUGGUCCAAGAUUAUGGACUGGAAAGUGAGGUGGCUCAGCACCUUGCUUCUACGUAUGGUGACAAGGCUUUUGAGGUGGCCAAAAUAGCCCAAGUUACUGGAAAGAGGUGGCCUAUUGUUGGAAAACGCCUUGUAUCUGAAUUUCCUUAUAUUGAAGCUGAGAUUACGUAUGGGGUAAAAGAGUAUGCGUGCACUGCAGUGGAUAUGAUUUCACGUCGCACUCGGCUGGCCUUCCUGAACGUGCAAGCAGCUGAUGAAGCCUUACCAAGAAUUAUUGAUAUAAUGGGGAAGGAACUUCACUGGAGUGAACAGAAGAAAAAGGAAGAACUUGAAUCUGCUAAAAAGUUUCUGUAUUAUGAAAUGGGCUACAAGGCAAAAUCAGAGCAAUUAACAGACAGCUCUGAAAUCACACUUAUACCUUCAGAUAUUGACAGAUAUAGAAAGAGAUUCCACAUGUUUGAUAAAGAAAAGAAAGGCUUUAUUACCAUACUAGAUGUUCAAAGUGUGUUAGAGAGCAUCAGCAUUCAAAUUGAUGAAAAUACGCUUCAUGAGAUUUUAAAUGAAGUGGAUUUGAACAAAAAUGGGCAGGUUGAACUCAAUGAGUUUUUGCAGCUCAUGAGUGCUAUUCAGAAAGGAUAUGUGUCUGGAAGCCGAUUGGCUGUACUCAUGAAAACUGCUGAAGAGAACCUACGUGAGAGAGUUGUUAUUCCAGUAGAUCGAAGUGGUGGUGGACUGUGAGUUUGAGAAGCACAAAACCUGCUUACAGCUACAAGAUAGUUUGUCUAUGUGUAGCUGCCUCAUUCAGUGCUGGAAAAUAUUCCAGUGCUUUCAAAUGUCUGUUUAUUCUACAUGAUCUGUAUCUGGCGGUCAGGGUAUACAAAAACAUACUGAUACAUUUCUUUUCCUUAUUUUCUGUGCUGAUAUUAAUACUCCAAAAUAUGGCCUUUUGGACUGGACAUGCUUUAGAGGUAGAAAUUAUUUGCAGGAAUUCAGAAUAGUCUGCAAAAGGCUUGUUCACAGAUACUCCCUCUCACAGCCUUUGUUAAGCUUUUAGAUAAUCUUCACCCUUAAAAAGAAAAUGAUGCACAAAGAGUGACUGCUGCCUGAGAUCCACAUCAUUAAAAGUAUAAUGCAUAUGUGCAAGACCAUAUGUGUUCAAAGUGCCUGUCCACAAAAAGGAAGAGAGGAAUCAUUUUGGUGGGGGAAGGGGGAAUGUUCACAUUUAGGUUUCAGGAGGAUGCCACAAAGAAAUAUCUUGAACACUGCCUAAAUUAAACAUCCUGAUAAGGAAUCAUAGUGAUAUUUAUAGAACGUUACAUAGAUAGUCACUUCAAUACUUCUCAAUGUUGUUCUCAUUCAAUGGCACCAAUUUUACUGCUAGACAGAUUUCUGGCAAUAAAAAUUUGACAGCAUGAGACUGGAAGAGCACAAGAUUGGACAAAAAACCCAAAAGUCUCGUAGAUGAGUUAUAAUGUAGAGUUAAAAAUGUAUGGGUACAGCUUUCACUCCUCUUCCUGUAAGUGUGAAAACCAUGCUUGUCUAGCAGGUAUUGGAGUCUACUAUAAAGUCUCAUACUGUUUGUUUUUGUAUUUUUAGACAAAUAUUGAAAGUAUGUAAAACAAGAACUUUGCCAUAGUGCACUAAUCCUAGCCACUUAAUAUUUGCAAAAUGUACACUUAAAUGGGAAAGUUACUUUGCAUUUCAGCAGGCCUUACUGAAAAGUGGUAAGGGCUAUUCAGCAAAUUAAUGCAAAGGCGAAAGAUCCAAUUUUGGACCAUUUAUUUGAGCCAUUCUCAACACAUACUCCACCUGGCUAUUUACCUUGCAACUCUUCCUGUUAUUAAAUUGGCUAUGAUCAGCAUUAAGAUCAGAUGGAGGAUUUCUGCCUGAUCUGUGACAGGGAGGGGAGAAUGAAUGCAUAUUUUAUUGGUGACUCUCUUUCAUAAUACUCCUUUGAGUAUGAAUACCAGUUUACAUCUCAAACGAGAAGCCUAGAGUUUUUAAAGUGCUACCACAUAUGUACACAACUAAAUGCAAACUGAAUUUAAUCCUGUUUUGCAAAUUCCUUAACAUGAUACUAAGUUAAUAUUCUGCAAGCAGUACAGUUCUGAAAAAUAGUCAAUUUAAAAAAAGAAUCAUAUCCAAAGUAUAUAAGUGCUGAGGAUUUAUAGUAACUAUAAUAAUAGUGCUAACUGCAGGUGGUAGUGUGUGAAUAUUUUGAUCUAGCAAGUUCCAGCUAUUAAAAACUGUACUUAUCUAAAAAUGGACGGAGGAAAACCCCACCUGCAGUUCUUAAAUGAAUAUGGAGCACUUAGUCUAAGCAACAUCUUGUGGGGGAGACAGUCUUCUAAAAAGUCCCUGGUAAGAUCCUUUUAAAUGAUUUUCAUUAUUAGAUUUUCCUAACAUCAAGAUGCUUUGUACCUUAUUGUACACAUUGCAAUGGAGAACCAACUUUCCUUGCCUUUGAGACCACCGAGCACUCAUUAGUAUGGCUCAGUCUAUGUGAAUUAAGUCCUCGUGCACACUUGAUUAUAUGAGGUCUAUUUAUGAACAGAAAGGGCCAUAGGAUUGUUGCUCUAUUACAUUUAUGCAUUGAAAUAUGUCAGUAUACACUGGAUAAAAUGUAUAUCUGUAUUUUUGAGGUGUAAAGCUAUUUGUGUCAAAUGUCCUUUCACGGUAAAGAGUAAAGAACACAAUAACAAUUUUGCCACAUAUUCUAGAACUGGAAGGAAAUCAAGGUACAAUAAUACAGAGUUUUGUUUUGUAUUUUUCAAAAAGACAUUAUGCUACCAAUAAUUUUUAAAGUGUAAUGGCUACAAGUGACAUAUAUAAGAGGCUUUUUCAGAUCAGGCGAAUAAAACCAUUGCAUUUAACAUUUUCUAUGGUUCAGUACACCUUUUAAAAUAAUUCCUCCUCUACUCCCUGAAAAGUUAUACUAUUAAUAAUAAUUGAAGUUUCACUGUAAAGCCUAGACUGUCUACCACAUACUCACUCCUUGCUGUUCUUUUGCUUUGCUAAUGUAAAUAUAACAAGCAGAAUGUAAAGGGAUUUUCAAGGCUGUGUGCCUGUCCUCUUAUAUUGAUUUACUUUGAAUUUUAGUUGCAAUAAAUGUCUUAGCUCUCUGCUUUUUUGUUUUUUUGUGGCAAAAUAGAAUGUGUAUAAAUACUUACUUUGUACAACAUAAAAAGUUGCAUAUAUUAUUUAUACUGGUUUAAAUAGUAAAACAAAAAAAAUCCAGAAUUAUUUGAUUUCAUCAACACACUUUAUGUUUUGAAAAAAGAUUACUUCAUGAUUACUGUUCAGGUCAAUUCAGCUGUAAAAUUUCAUUGUUCUGCAUUGUUCUAAUGUAGUAUGAAACUACUGUUUAAACAAAAACUAUAAGCCCAAUAGUGUCUGGGGGUGGGGGGGAAUGUAUACUGCAUAUUUUUCCAUGUGGCACUUUUAUGUAUUUUGUUGGGUUAUUGUUCUAGAUUGGACUGUUAAAUACUGUGUUUGAGACUGGGUUGUCAUUUUUAUAACUGUCUCAGUGUUUUAUUGCCAUUAUUUAUUACUUUUGAUAUACAGAAUGAGCCGCAUGCAUUUAUAGAGCAAUAAGAGAAUAUAUUUAAUGUGCCUUGUUUUUAACUGAAUAAGAACUGAAAGCAUGAAUCAAUAAAACUGAUUAAAAUGGUCCA